CAACUGUCAACUUCAUCGAAAUCAGAUAGAGCUUUAAACGUCAUCCGAUGCCGAUAAGUGCGUUCACCGGCUUGCUCUCUGUUGUCAACUAAUUGGUGACAGAAAAGAUCACCCGAAAGGAAGCAUAUAACAAGACGACUUCAAUGUUGAGUACCGCGUCCAUCCUCAACUCAGCUUUCAUGUUUUCAGUUAUGAAUCUAAAGACAAUUUUUACGGCUAUCAUAUAUCGACGACAUGCAAAUGAUCUUUCGGGCCGAGAUCGAGGUUGUAUCAAGACAUAUUGCCGUCCUCGUUUGUAUGAUCACGAACACGAAAAUUGAAACAAGCAUUUGCUGCAUCCAAUACUCCUACAUAUUGUGUUGGGUGGUUGUUGGCGCUAUUUUGAGCGAGCAAAGUUCGGCCUUUCCUAUCGCAGCUUCUUUCACGAUCCGUACGAUAUUGGAGCUCUCGAAUGAAUUGUCAAUGUAUCUAAGCGAGGUAGCGAUGCAGUCAUUAGACAACGGAUACAGAAGCAAUGUCACGAGCGGCAAGCGGAAGCCAUUGAUAUUUUGCAAGUGGAUCUGCGGUCAUCGAUACUUGAAAGCGAGCUUCAACCAAAACUGGAAACCACGUUGGUCCGAUAUUUCUGAAUUGGUCACGGCAGCUGCAAACUUCGUAGUGGGACAUUUCCGUCUGGCCAAGGCAUAUCGUUACUGCUUUCAACAUAACUAUCCAACUGUUGUGCCCCAUCUGUGUCAAUACGUUGGAUAUUACUGUACUGUACAGUUAGUUUCUGGCAUAUACGGCGCUCGAAUAGGAUGAGCCCUUCAUCUUGGAUACGUAGUAUGAACAAGCUGGAGGACAGUGAACUCAAAUUGGAUUUGCAGCCGUCGUUGGUGUCGUUGGCGUCGUUGGCGGAAUUCCGUUGUGGCCAAGAUUGGACUGGAAGCAUCGGUGUCGGCAUGACAAUUGGCGAGAACAUUGACGGGAUAUAAAUACGUCAAUACGGUUUUUUUUUUCUUCUUAUUAUUUUAUUAAAAAAUCGCGGAAUAAAAGUCUCUAAAUCAC